UCACAGCACACGCACUGCACUCCCUCGUCCAUCCAUCCAUCCAUGAAGACAUCCAUCCGUCACUGUGACACGUACUGCUCGCCCUCGAUGCUUAUGACCUGACUGCUGGACUGAAUCACCACCUCCUCACCUGCACAGCCCUUCCCUGGGGCUAUGUACUGACUGUGAUAGCCCUCAGCCUGCCAGUUCUUGCACGUGCAGCCUGGUCGAUGCUGACCAGCACAGUUCGUGGCGUCAUGGAACUUGAGCUUGCCGAGGUCCACAAUGAGCGUGAGGACAACGGCUGGGCUGCCGGUCUUCCGGCUUCGCAUCCUGGCGAACUUGGCGGCCUUGGUCAUGUCGUUGGUCACAUAGAUACCGAUUCCCAGCAUGUGUCCCCCCUCGCCGCCACCAGCCGAUGGGUUGAAGCCAACUGCAUACACACACACACACACACACACAAUCUCUUCCCGUGACUUGCAUCAUUUAAAUGAACAUACCUGCCCGAAUCCUGUCUGCCGAGGCCUUGUCUGUCCCGUGCAGAACUCUCCGAUGCUGAGACCUCCCCGUCCCAUCACAGAUCGUGCAUCCGCGCGACGAGCACCCGAAACACGAACCAGAGAAGGUGUCGGGGAGCUGAUAUGACAUCACCAUUGCUCAGAGAAUGCACUGAGGCAGCGACAGACAGAGCAGGAUGGAGAAGCUGAU